AUGGACGCAGCAGCACUAGCGACACUCCUGUCCGAAUCAACGCAAAAGCUUGUUGGCUUACAUUCGCAGAUUGGACACCCUCCCGAAGCGUUGCAAGGGGCACUUGACGCACUCCACCAAGCACUCAAAACAGCCGUAGACGACCAGAUCGGAAAGGUGCAACGUGAGGCCCAGGACCUGAGCGCAGAAUGCUCUCGAAUCCAAGCCGAUAAUGCCCAAAUCAAGAGGGCACUUGGGGAAAAGUCGCACGCCACAAACCCAUCGUUGCAAAACGCCAUCGGACAGCGAAUGGUCUCUGCCGCUUCUCCGCCCACGCCAGCAACAGCAGAAUCAGCAAGCGAUUCUCAGCCACUCUUGCAGCGCCGAUCUCAGCUUGUAAUCGAUCAGACGCGUCUCAAAGCGUCCUAUACAGCAAAAGAAGCUCAACUAGAUCGACUCUCCGCCAAGCUUCAGACUUAUAUUGCGCUUCUCGGCAGCUUUGUCAAGAUUCCAGAGGACACUUGGCAGGAGCCACUCGCCGCUUCAACCUCAGCAGAGUCGGCAACGCCAGCCUUCCGCGACGUCUCUCAACCGCGCAUUGCUCUAUUUGAAGCAGAGAUCAUCCGAUGCUCCAAAGAGGUCAACGCCAGAUCGGAACGACUGCAAACAAAUCUUCUCGAGAUUGUUCAGCUUUGGUCCGAACUCAACCUCGAGCCCGCACAGCCCGUGGCACUUUCCGACGAGCACGUCUUUCAAGCAGCACAGGUCGGUGAUGAUGUCGACUGCGGUGGAGGAACGAUCCGCUUCGACCGUGCCAUUCUCGCGCACUUGCAACUUGAGCCGAUCCACGACGACCUGACACACAAGUUCGUUGGCGAGUUUGUCAGCACUGAACAACCAGAACGCCGCGAUGGCACUUCCACCCGUGCAAGUCAGGCGAUCGAUGAUCUUCUCUCAGAAACACCAACACGCGCAUCCCUCGGCGGCCAACCAGCAAGGAACAGCGGAGAUCUUGCACUGCAGCUUUCGUCUGCCAGCAAGACUGCCUCCAUCCCUGCCACUCCAUCGCACCUCCUCGAGCCAUCCGAAGUCAACCUCGCUCGAGCUGCAAACAAGUUGCAAUGGCUCGAAGCAGAGAAGCAGCGACGAGAGCUGCUCAUCCAAGAGCUCUACGACCAACUCAGCGAGCUCUGGGCCAAAUUCGAUGUUCCCGAAGAAGAGAUGGAUGCAUUCGUCAUGGAUCAUCGAGGAAGCACUACCCAUGUCAUCCAAGCCUAUCAGGCCGAGUUGGACAAGAUGAAACAGCUCAAAGCACAACACAUGUCUCUCUUCAUCACCAAGACGCGAGAACGUAUAGCUACUCUAUGGGACUCCCUCUUCCUCACCGAUGAGGAGCGAGAAACUUCAUUCCCUCCCUUCUUCAUCGAUAUUUCGGCAGAUGCGGAUCCUAAUCUGGAUGAGCCUCUUCCGACGGACGAAAUUUUGGCUUCGCACGAGCACAUGAUUGAUCUGUUGACGGAACAAGUUCGUGUUAAAGCACCAGUGCUUAAAGUCAUUGGCAGGUACAAGGAGCUUCUUGAUGAGGCCAGGCAGUUGGACGAAUCGGCAUCGGAUGGAUCACGAUUGUUGGGUCGAUCCAACCGUGGUGAUCCAGGACGAUUGCUGCGAGAGGAAAAGAUGCGUAAGCGCGUCAAGAUUCAGAAGCCAAAGAUCGAAGCUGAAUUGCUCAAAGUCAUUCCUGCGUGGGAGGAAGAGCACGGGGAGCCGUUCACCAUCAAUGGCGUGCGCUACUUGGAUGAGCUAAUGGAGCAGGUCGAUGGUGCAAAGGAAAAUGCGAACCGCAAGAGAACGAGGUCAGCUUCGGGCGCACAACCUAUGGCACCACCUGUUAGUGCACCAUCCAGCGUGCGACGCGGACCACUUGUAACCUCGGCAUCAUCCAACCGCACUGUUGCAGCUACACCAAUGCGUUCUAUGACCCCACAUCAAGGUACGAUCAAGAAGCCACGCAUCGCAGCAACACCAGCUACAGUCGCAGCUCUAUCAACAAGCACACCUUCUGUCAGACAGGGCGCAGUACCAGCGUCCGUGUCUCGGUUUGCUUCAGCACGAGUGCCCAUGACAGCAGCAUCCAAAGCACACUACGGCGACGGCCAUGCAGCCAAUGUUUCUCGACCAGCCUCUUCCAUGGCAGGCAACUACAGGGCAGCCAGCAGUGCUUCCUAUGCCACUAACCACGGCAGCAGUCCGUCCCGCAUCCCUGGCCCAUCACCACGCCUUGCAUCGAAACCAUUCAAUCCUCCAGCACCAACCUACGGCUCCCGUCACGUCACAGCAUCCUCAGUCCCCACCGCAGCUCGAAUAGUAAAAGCUCAACGUGAGAGUUUCCGACCCCGCCCUUCACUAGUAGCCAAAGUCCCGCGCAACGCUACCGUCGUCGGCGGCACCUCAUCUCGCCCAGGAGGCACAGCAGCCAUUUCACCAGGUCGAGCCAGUAAAUGGGGCGCAAUGGGUCCACCACGAUGGCCUGCAGCUGGACAACAAUCCGCCCACACCCACCGCGAUGUCUCUUGCGUCUCCGCGACUAGCUCUAUUCACACGGAUAUCACCACCGUCAUCCAUCCCUCAGCGCAGAUGUCGAAAGCAGCCGAGCCAGCAAAGAGGCUUGCAAGGCGAGCGCCUAGCAUGUCGCUAGAGGCAUGUUUGGCAAAUCUAGCAGCGACGUCUUCGCAGGGGAAAGCGAGGCUAGGAGAUGCAGGGAGGGAUCUGGGGAUUUCGUCGAUACGAAGUGUAUCGUCGAGUGAUGAUAUCGUGAAUCAAGCGGAUGACGAUAGCUGUGCGAGGGUUAGGGGCUGGAAGGAUGGGUUGAGGAUUGCUGGUGCUGGAUUGGAUGAGGUUGAGGGGGAAGGGGAUGGGGGAGAGGCUGUGGUGGCGACAUUGCCGAGAUCGGGCAGUAGCAAUUGGGAGAUUGUGGGUGAGGCUGAGCCUGAACCUGCGUAUCAGCAAGCUUUGGCUGCAUGA